AUGGACGCUGAGAAAGACCCCGAGAGGGCGGACGCGUUGGAGCAGUACAAGAAGAAGCUGUUAGAGUUGAGAGAGAUGGAGGCGAAGCUGAAGACACUGCGGAUGGAUAUCAAAGGGUUACAGAACGACUUUGAAACUACUGAAGACAACAUCAAAGCGCUUCAAAGUGUUGGCCAGAUAAUAGGAGAGGUGCUGAAGCAGCUAGAUGAAGAGAGAUUCAUCGUCAAGGCCUCAUCUGGGCCUCGAUACGUCGUCGGGUGCCGGUCGAAAGUCGACAAAUUGAAGCUGAAGCAGGGGACAAGAGUUGCGCUUGACAUGACGACGCUCACAAUAAUGCGGAUGCUCCCUCGUGAAGUCGACCCUCUAGUCUACAAUAUGUCAUUAGAAGACCCUGGACAAGUCAGCUUCGGUGGUAUUGGCGGACUGAACGAGCAAAUCAGAGAGCUCCGGGAAGUUAUAGAACUACCACUCAAAAACCCUGAGCUAUUUCUGAGGGUUGGAAUCAAACCACCGAAAGGUGUGCUUCUAUAUGGUCCACCUGGCACAGGCAAAACCCUCCUAGCAAGAGCCGUGGCAAGCGGGUUAGAAACAAAUUUCUUGAAAGUGGUAUCAUCAGCCAUCGUGGACAAAUACAUUGGUGAAUCAGCCAGGCUAAUAAGAGAAAUGUUCGGCUAUGCGAAGGAGCAUGAGCCAUGUAUCAUAUUCAUGGAUGAAAUCGACGCGAUUGGCGGGCGACGAUUUUCAGAGGGCACAUCUGCCGACCGAGAGAUUCAACGAACGCUGAUGGAAUUGCUCAACCAAUUAGACGGCUUUGACUAUUUGGGGAAAACAAAGAUCAUCAUGGCAACGAAUCGACCAGAUACGCUGGAUCCUGCGCUAUUGCGGGCUGGGCGAUUAGAUCGUAAGAUUGAGAUUCCGUUGCCGAACGAAGUUGGCCGGCUUGAAAUUCUUAAGAUUCACGCCAGCGGUGUAUCAAUGGAUGGGGAGAUUGACUUUGAGAGUGUGGUCAAGAUGAGUGAUCAGCUCAACGGUGCUGACCUGCGAAAUGUCGUGACCGAGGCCGGUCUAUUCGCGAUUAAGGAAUACAGAGAUUCAAUAACUCAAGACGACAUGAACAAGGCGGUACGCAAGGUAGCAGAAUCUAAAAAGUUGGAAGGAAAGCUUGAGUACAAGAAAUUAUGA